GGGCAGCGACUCCGCCAUCGCAUCCCUGCCGCCUCCGCCCCCCCCCGCGCAAGGCUUUCUGGGAAAUGUAGUCUCGCCUCUUUGGGGGCGGGGCUUGGGAAGGAAGUGAGACCUAUUUCCGUCCCAGAAACUGACGACUUCGGUCUGCGCCGGAAGUGCAUGAGCUGCCGAUGUGGUGCUUAGUGAUUGCGGUUUCGGUCGCUCACCCGUGUUUCCCGGGCUGGGUAUUUGCCUCGCACCAUGGCGCCCAAGGGCAAAGUGGGCACGAGAGGGAAGAAGCAGAUAUUUGAAGAGAACAGAGAGACCCUGAAGUUCUACCUGCGGAUCAUACUGGGGGCCAAUGCCAUUUACUGCCUUGUGACAUUGGUCUUCUUUUACUCAUCUGCCUCAUUUUGGGCCUGGUUGGCCCUGGGCUUUAGUCUGGCAGUGUAUGGGGCCAGCUACCACUCUAUGAGCUCGAUGGCACGAGCAGCGUUCUCUGAGGAUGGGGCCCUGAUGGAUGGUGGCAUGGACCUCAACAUGGAGCAGGGCAUGGCAGAGCACCUUAAGGAUGUGAUCCUACUGACAGCCAUCGUGCAGGUGCUCAGCUGCUUCUCUCUCUAUGUCUGGUCCUUCUGGCUUCUGGCUCCAGGCCGGGCCCUUUACCUCCUGUGGGUGAAUGUGCUGGGCCCCUGGUUCACUGCAGACAGUGGCACCCCAGCACCAGAGCACAAUGAGAAACGGCAGCGCCGACAGGAGCGGCGGCAGAUGAAGCGGCUAUAGCCAUUGACAUUGUAGCCACAGGCCGCUGGCCCUGGGUGGCUCUGUCAGGGUGCACAGCCCCCCAUGCCUGGAGCAAUGAGGGUCUAGUCCAGGGGCCAAAAGCAGUCUGAGGUAUUGGGUAUACUUAUACUCUACAGGGUUGUUGAAUAAAUGGCUUAGAAUGUG